CUCCAUUAUAAUUGCGUAGGAUAAUAAUUCCAGUGAGUGAGUGAUGCAUGGAUCCAUAGUAAAAGACGGAAACUCCAAAGCUAAAAGAAAAACACCAUUGCUAUACAGAGCUUUUUCAACACCUGGCUUGCCUUCCCUCGAACACUUGCAAAAUUAAGUUUCGACCGUUCACACUUAACAAAGACAAAGUGACAACUCCUCACCCACUAAUAUGAAUGAAUCCUUCCCGACUCCCAAUGGAUUGGCUCAUCCAUGUUGCACAAAUGUCACUCCUACUUGUGCAAGCUCUUUGGUCAUAAUUCACCCACCCACUUCUCAAUAUCUAUCACUAAAAGAGAGGAAGCCUUUCUUUCUUUUUUUGUUUUUGUUUUAGAGAGAGCAUUGGUGAUGGAGAUAACCGAGGCGUAUGGAGUAAUGGCAGAUGGAAACAACAAUAACAGUAACAGUAUGAUGAAUCCUCCAACUCCCACCAAAAGAAGUCGCAGCCAGAGGCGUAGGCGUUCUUCCCUCAACUUCACUUCCCUGGAUUUUCUCUCACACGUGCCACCACCUCUUCCUCCUUUGCCCCCCGCACGUGUACUUGAACCAACAGGGUUCAGAUUUCUCUUCGACAAGCAGCUCCAGAACAGUGAUGUCAGCUCCCUGAGAAGAAUAGUUGUGCCCAAGAAAGCAGCUGAGCGAUAUCUUCCAGCUCUUGAGAUCAAAGAAGGGUUUCCCAUCACAAUGGAUGACAUGGAUGGUAUCCAUGUUUGGAGUUUCAGAUACAGGUACUGGCCAAAUAACAGCAGCCGAAUGUAUGUGCUUGAAAAUACUGGUGACUUUGUCCAAACACAUGAAUUGCGCCAAGGAGACUACUUUGCACUCCACUACAAUGAUCAAAAGCAGAUUUAUGGUAUUGAAGCGAGGAAAGCUGGAAGUGGAGCGGUAUUCCGAGGUUAUGAAGCGGAGGACGUGAUUUUAACUGAUUAUGCACAGGCUGCAGAUGAUGGGAAUGGAGCGCUUAUGAAUGAAGCAGAAAUGGAUAUGUCCAGCUUUUACUUCCCUGCAAUGGACAACGAGAUGGGCAUGUCCUUCAUUUAUGAUACCAGCUUCUGGAACGAGCCUGCCUUCGACUUUGUAGGGGGUCCUAUGACCUAUUACUCAACUAAUGUAUAUCCAAUGCCAAGCUUUGGGUCCAUUGAAGACAGCUUCAGUGUGGAUGAUUUCUACUGAAGACAGAGUCCAAUACAGACAUACUACUAAUCCCAUGCAGCCUUGUAAUCUAAUGCAUACUCUAAACCAGAGUAAGUAGCGUUUUGAAGCAAAAAGCAACAACACUUUAUUAGUAAGUUUUGACUCGGUUGGUCAAAAACUCUUUACCACCCUAAAUGUAAUAAGCUGGUGGAGACUCUAGAAAAGGGAAAAUAUGAAAUAAAAAAAGGCGCAUACAGAAUGUGUUGUUUGAUGUAUGUUUGACUCGUCCAAUGGCAUUAGGUGUUUUUAGCAAUUAUUUUUACAACUUCACUUGAGCUUUUGCGUCUUUGAGAGCAGUUUUCUCAUAAUUUUGUUUGGUUUGGUUUCAAGGUACAAAAAGUAGGAAAAAUUCCAUCAACAAGGUAUUGUAGGUGCAGGAUAAAACGAUAACAGGGAUAGGGUGGGUAUAACGGUCGCAAAACAAGCUUAUGUAGCCAAUGUGGAUUAACCAAAAAUAACGUUAUCAUCAUUCUGCAGCUGUAUAACAAGUCCCUCCCUGCCUGCGGAAAGUUUUUUUAGAACAUUUUUUGGUACAUCAGACAGUUAAAAAUGAACAAAGCAAAUCAUAUAGCAGCCUCCACUAUACUUUGUUAUUCCCAUCUCGAAUGGGAAAAGCUUAGCAUCAAAUUGAUUUUUUUAUCUGUUCUAACAAAAAAAGACAUCCGCAAUGCUUAAGUUUUAGGGGAACUCCCCCUCUCCAAAAAUUUGAAAAUCAGAGAAAUAUAAAA